CCCCCGGUUGCGCAUUUCCGCUGCCAUGACGUCACUUCUGGAUGUCAAUAUGCGGCUCGGUGCGGCGCUGGGAAACGGAACCACUGGAAAGAUGUAAACCGAGUACCCAGCGAAGACGAGCCUCAACGCAGACACCGAACCGCAACGCGGGACGAGAACCCGCACCGGGCGUCCGUUAAACCGCGAACCGCGCACCGAACCGGCAGCUCGGUGAGUCGCCGUCUCCCCGCGAAGCAGCGGCAGCGGCAGCGGCGGCGGAGCGCGUUUGCCUCGAAGCAGCCAUCUUUUCGGUGAGGAGAAAUGUACGGGGCGCCGCGGCGGGCCUGCUCCGGCUCCGGCUCCGGGGGUCGCGUCCGGAGCCUCCUGAUGCUGACGACCGCGCUCCUGCUCUCGGCCGCCGGGCUGCUCUCCGCGCUGCCCGGCGUCACCGAGGCGAAGGAGUGCGACAAGCCGUGCGUGAACGGGCAGUGCAACGCCGCCACCGGCAGCUGCGCGUGCCUCCCCGGCUGGGUCGGGGACCAAUGCCAGCACUGCGGAGGGAGAUUCAGGUUGACGGGGCCCUCUGGUCAGCUGACCGACGGGCCGGGAAACUACAAGUACAAAACCAAGUGCACCUGGCUGAUCGAGGGACAGCCCAACACAAUCCUCCGGCUGCAGUUCAACCACUUUGCCACCGAGUGCAGCUGGGACCACCUCUACGUGUUCGAUGGAGACUCCAUCUACGCCCCUCUGCUCGCCGCCUUCAGCGGUCUGAUUGUUCCCGAGCGUUACGGGAACGAGACGGUUCCCGAGGUGGUGUCUCAGUCCGGCUACGCCCUGCUGCACUUCUUCAGCGACGCCGCCUACAACCUGACCGGCUUCAACAUUUCCUACAGGGUGAACACAUGUCCCAACAACUGCUCGGGCCACGGCGAGUGCCGCGCGAGGAACUCCACCGGCUCGGUGCACUGCGAGUGCGAGAGCAACUGGAAGGGCGGAGCCUGCGACGUCCCCUACUGCACGGCCGACUGCGGCUACCCCGACCGAGGCCGCUGCCGGGACAAGAGCUGCGUCUGCGAGGCCGGGUGGCAAGGUCCAGACUGCCUCGUCUCGGUGCCGGCCAACUCGUCCUUCUGGGGCCGGGAGGAGUACACCGAGGCCGGGCUGGCGAGGGUUUCCCACAAGGCCGUGGUGGAGCAGGGCGUCAUGUGGGUCAUCGGAGGCUACGUCUUCAACGCCUCCGACUAUCACAUGGUCAAAGCGUAUAACCUCAGCAGCAGGAGCUGGCUGACCCUCGAGCCCUCCGUCCACACCGUCACGCCGCGAUACGGCCACUCGCUGGCUCUCCACGAGGGUAAAAUCUACAUGUACGGAGGAAAGAUCGACUCCACGGGAAACGUGUCCAGCCAGCUGUGGGUCUUCCACAUCCAGAACCAGACCUGGGUCCUCCUGAGCCCCCGGGUCAAGGACCAGUACGCCGUGGUGGGGCACUCGGCCCACAUCGUGACCCCCCUCCAGGACGCGGACGGAGACGGCCCCGUCAUGCUGGUGAUGUUCGGGCACUGCCCCCUGUACGGCUACAUCAGCCAGGUGCAGGAGUACAACAUCGGCAAGAACACGUGGAGCAUGGCGAGCACGGACGGCGCUCUGGUCCAGGGCGGCUACGGCCACAGCAGCGUGUUCGACCCCGGCACCAGAGGCGUCUACAUCCACGGCGGCUACAAGGCCUUCAGCGCCAACAAGUACGGCCUCGCCGGAGACCUGUACAAGUUCGACGUGGACAAGAGGAAGUGGACCAUUCUGCGAGACAGCGGCUUCUUCCGGUACCUCCACACGGCGGUGAUCGUGAGCGGGGCGAUGCUGGUGUUUGGAGGAAACACGCACAACGACACGUCCAUGAGCCACGGCGCCAAGUGCUUCUCCUCCGACUUCCUCGCCUACAGUCUGGCGUGCGACGAGUGGACGGCGCUGCCCCGGCCGGACCUCUACCACGACGUCAACCGCUUCGGGCACUCGGCGGUCUUCAGUGACAGCGCCAUGUUUGCGUUCGGCGGCUUCAACAGCCUGCUGCUCAGCGACGUCCUGGUGUACACGUCGCCCAGCUGCGCGGCCUUCUCCGGCCCGGAGUCCUGCAGCCAGGCCUGGCCGGGGAUCCACUGCGUCUGGAACGGCACCCGAGGGACCUGCCUGCCCUGGGAGGGCGACGGGGGCGAGCAGCAGCAGCUCCCGGCCUCCUGCAACAGCCGAUCGUAUGCUGACGAGCGCUGUGAACAGUACACCGACUGCUACAGCUGCACGGCCAACACCAACGGCUGCCAGUGGUGCUCCAGCCAGUGUCUGUCUCUGGGAAGCAACUGCACUUCUGCCACGGGGGCCAUAGGGGAGUACGACGUUUGCCCCAAGGACAACCCGUCGUACGUGUGCAACAAGAAAACCAGCUGCAAGAGCUGCGCUGUGGACCAGAACUGUCAGUGGGAACCUCGCAACCAGGAGUGCAUCUCACUGCCAGAGAACGUGUGCGGGGAAAGCUGGCACCUGGUGGGAAACUCGUGUCUGAAGUUCCUCACGGCGAAGGACUCGUACGACAACGCCAAGCUGGCCUGCAGGAGCCACAACGCCGUCCUGGCCUCGCUCACCACGCAGAAGGAGGUGGACUUUGUCCUCAAGGAGCUGCAGAUGAUGAGCGUGGCGUACAAGUCCACCGUGACGCCGUGGGUGGGGCUCAGGAAAAUCAACGUGUCGUACUGGUGCUGGGAGGACAUGUCGCCCUUCACCAACACCACCCUGCAGUGGCUCCCCGGGGAGCCCAGCGACGCCGGCUUCUGCGGCUACCUGGCCGAGCCGGCGUCCAGCGGACUGAAGGCCCAGACCUGCAUCAACCCGGUGAACGGCAGCCUGUGCGAACGGCCAGCCAAUCACAGCGCCAAGCAGUGCCGGACGGCGUGCGCCAUGAGAGCCACCUGCAGCGAAUGCACCAGCAGCAGCUCGGAGUGCAUGUGGUGCAGCAACAUGAAGCAGUGCGUGGACUCCAAUGCCUACGUGGCCUCCUUCCCCUUCGGCCAGUGCAUGGAGUGGUACACCAUGAACAGCUGUCCACCGGAGAACUGCUCCGGCUACCGGACGUGCGGCCAGUGUCUGGACCAGCCGGGCUGCGGUUGGUGCACCGACCCCAGCAACACGGGCCGAGGUCAGUGCAUCGAGGGCUCGUACCGCGGGCCCUUCCAGACCUCGGUGCCGGCGCCGUCCACCCUCCCCGGCCUGCCCGCCGGCCCGCAGCCCGCCCUCAACGCCAGCAUGUGCCCCAGCGAAGCCAAGUACAACUGGUCCUUCAUCCACUGCCCAGCCUGUCAGUGCAACGGGCACAGCCAGUGCGUCAACGAGAGCGCGUGCGAGAAGUGCGAGGACCUGACGACCGGCCGACACUGCGAGAGCUGCAUCUCCGGCUUCUACGGAGAUCCGACCAACGGGGGCAGCUGCCAGCCCUGCAAGUGCAACGGCCAUGCCAGCAUGUGCAACCCCAACAACGGGAAGUGCUUCUGCACCACGAAGGGCAUCAAAGGAGAUCGCUGCCACCUGUGUGAAGUCGAGAAUCGUUACCAAGGCAACCCCCUCAAAGGAACAUGCUACUACACGCUCCUCAUCGACUACCAGUUCACCUUCAGCCUGUCGCAGGAGGACGACCGCUACUACACCGCCAUCAACUUCGUGGCCACACCUGAGGAGCCAAACCGCGAUCUGGACAUGUUCAUAAACGCUUCGAAGAACUUCAACCUGAACAUAACCUGGGCCACGAGCUUCACCGCAGGCACUCAGUCCGGCGAGGAGAUCCCCAUCGUCUCCCGGAGCAGCAUCAAGGAGUUCAAAGACAGCUUCUCCAACGAGAACUUUGACUUCCGCAACAGCCCAAACAUCACCUUCUUCGUCUACGUCAGCAACUUCACGUGGCCCAUUAAGAUCCAAAUCGCCUUCUCGCAGCACAGUAACUUCAUGGACCUGGUGCAGUUCUUUGUCACGUUCUUCAGCUGCUUCCUGUCGCUGCUCCUCGUGGCCGCCGUGGUCUGGAAGAUCAAACAGAGCUGCUGGGCGUCACGGCGACGAGAGCAACUGCUGAGGGAGAUGCAACAGAUGGCCAGCCGGCCUUUCGCCACCAUCAACGUCGCCCUGGAGACGGAGGACGAGCCGCCUGACCUGAUAGGAGGAAAUGUCAAGUCCGUCCCGAAGCCCAUCGCCCUGGAGCCGUGCUUCGGCAACAAAGCCGCCGUGCUGUCCAUCUUCGUGCGGUUACCCAGAGGCACCGGCGGCAUCCCUCCCCCAGGACAGUCCGGUCUGGCGGUGGCCAGCGCGCUGGUGGACGUGUCCCAGCAGAUGUGUUCGGGCUACAAGGAGAAGUUCGGAGGCCUGAGGAACCGCAAGCAGCAGCCGGCCGCACAGCCGUCCACCUGCAUCUGACCGCGCCCACCCGGCCUCCUCCGACGCCCCCCCGCCGCCACCCGCCGCUCUCCCAUCAGCCCCCCCCCCCCCCGCCGCUUUGGCCCCCUCCCGCCCAGCUCCGCUACUGCAGGGAGAGGUGCAUGCUGGGGGGGGGGGGGGGGGGGGGGUGUAGCAGGACUGGAAGAUUUUGCAGGCGAGGGUGCCGAGUCGUUCGGCGGGCUGGCGCCUCCGUGGGGCUUCCCCUCCCCCUCCUCCGACGAGGAACUCUGGGUCCCCCGCGAAACCGAACGACUGGAACUGGACGACACAAAGAGGGAGGAGGGGACCGAGCGGGCGCCGACUUCACCCCUUGCCCCUCGAAAAGAAAAAGAAAAAAACAUUUUACAUUUGUCGACACCGCCUCGUUGGAGUCGAGGCGGCCGCGGCUCGCUGCUACAAGAGAAGCCUCGUCUCGUAGGGUUUUUCUAAAAGAGACUUUGCAACCUUCGUUUUACUUAACUUAUUGUCUGGGGGAGGGGGGGGGGGGGUUGUUGUUGUUGUUGUGUUUUUUUUGGUAUUGUUUUACUUUGAAGGCAAGAACAAAAUUGGACACGUUUAGCUGCACACGCACACACACACACACAAAACACACACUUCCAAAAAGCAACUUUCCAGGCCCUUGUACCCACUAGCUGCCCGUUGUCGCCCGCCGUCAGCUCGGCCCUGAGGGCCUCCGUCACCGGGCCGGACGGCGUGUUCAGUCCUCCGUUAACGAGGCUCUCCCGCAGGAGGCCGGCCGAGCGGCCGACGCCCGCCUGAAGGAUCCGUGACGCUUCUCAUCGGCCUCCGUGGCUCCGCCCCCCAUCCCUUCUUCUUUGUCUCUCUCCUUCUGCGGGACCAUCUGGCCCGCGGUCACCUCCCCAGCCUCCGGCGGCGCGGGUACCAAACAAGACCAAAGCGACACCUCGCCCCACGCCGGCUGGCCGGCCGGCGCCGAUUGAAACCGUUCCAGCUCAUUUACACCUCGAGUCCAAACGGGGGGCCGGCGGCUGAACACACACAGGUGCGCUGGCAUCGGCUCCCACAACCCCCCCCCCCCUCAUGUUUAACGAUCGGCCCUUUUGGCAGCGACGCAGAAAAAACCCCGGCUUCCUAUCGAUCGCCCGAUUGACUGAAGUGAUUAGGCCGAUCUGCGCGACGGGCGCCGGGGCGACAGUUCGCCGUCCUGUGUGACCGGCGCCCAAAUCCAUCGCCUCUAAUUGCUGCUCCCAGGGUUUCCGAGCGCAACGCUCGCCAGAAAAUCCCAUCGCCGUCCGCCCGCCGUUCGACGCCGAUCGCUCCGCGUCCCCGAGCGAUCUACAGCCGCCCCAAUUAGCCGCGGUGACGCUUCACGCCGAUACGGCGGCGCUCUUUUUUUUCUUCCGACGCCGGCGUGUUAAACUGAACCCGCUCUGGACAUGAAGCGCGUGCAGAAAAGCGAGGAGCCCAUGACGCACGCCUUUUCAAUCGGCCGCAUCUCUUGGAAGAUGUCGAGAACGGAUUUGAAAGAAGAAAAGAGACGAGCGUCGAUCGCUUUUAUCUUCAAAUUGCCUCUCAAAAUGAUCCUGUCGCUCGGCGUACUCUGUACGUUGCUCUCAGACGGCCCUUUUUCUAUUUCCCCCGUUCCUUUUCGGAGCUGCUCGACCGGCGCUUUUAACAGUCCUGAUCUGAAAUCGCUGGUCCAUUUUUAAAGAAACACUACUUCUGGGGGUAAAUGAGGGAAAACACAGUGGAAAAACAGGAGGGAAAAAUGAGAAACUCGAGCUGCUAUGGCGAAAGCGUUUGGUAAAAGUCGUCGCUGCAAAAUCUACGUUUCACAGUAAAACAUCUGCAGGUCUUUGACUGAAGGCGGUGGGCACCCACCGAUGUAGAAAACAUGUUUGCCUCCCAAAGUUAUUAGCUUUCCCUCGCCGAGGUCCAGGAAUAGAACUGUUUGACAACUCGCCUUCUGCCCUCAAGAAUGCGUCAUAUUUCAGUUCCAGGCUUCAGCGGGAAAAGGUCAGAGCAGAAAGCAUUAAGGAAGUCGACAUUCUGUAAUUGUAGAGAGCUGGACGUGCUCACGAGUCCAGUCGGCAACCCCGGCGAGGAGUCAGCCCUUCACUUCCAGUCUUCAUCAUCAGGGUCGUGGUUUUGCUCAUUCCUCAGCCCUCGUUUAGCCGCGAGGCGUUCAGGGAACGUUCCGGGACGCGCGAGACCGCGUGGCGCAAGCAGGGCAGGGACAUACUGGAACAGAAGUGGUUCCACUUUUAACCCUCCUCUUACCUUUGGGGUCAAUUUGACCCCAUUUAAUGUUUAACGUCUCUAAAAACAUGAUUGACAUUUUUUUUUUUUGCUUCAUAUUUCAUGACUUUUCCUAAUUUAUUGGGAACAACUGGGAAAACCUCAAAUUCACAUGAUAUGUUUUCAAUGUCCUGUACACAACUUAUACAUUUGUAAAUUUGACCCCAGGUGUAAAACAUAUAAGAAAUAUCAACUUUUUUAUUUAGAGAAAGGGCUAUUUAGGUAGUCAACAAACAAACAAACAUAAAGUGACACUUAAACUUGGGAAACAAUAUUCACUUUAAUACUUUUCUGGAGGUUUUAAUUGCUGUGGUAAAAUUGACCCCGAGGGUAAAAUAUGUUAGUAAAUUUGAAGGUAACAGGAGAUUAAAAACACAUUUUGGUCAAACUUUUUUUUCCAAAUUUUUUUCCAAUUUAUUUUUCCUUCUCGUUUCAACCUGCUUGGCAAAGUGUGCGCGGUUCAACUCGCGGGACGCCCACAUCCAGUAAACACGGCGAGCUGCUUCCGAAGCAAAAGUACUAAAUUAUUCGGAGUGAGAAAAAGAACGUACCCCGAGAAGCGAGCAAACGUGACCUGCGAGGUCACGUGACUCGACCCGCACGACGGCGCCGUCCUCCGCAGCAUCGGCACACCCUGAGGAGCAGACAUCUCGGAUAUAGAUAUUUUUGUUUUCUCUCCAUCUAAACAAACAAAGAACACCUUCAGAUGAAUAACAUCAGGGCAUUCAGUGGUUAGGCUAUUCAGUGCAACUUUCAUUUAGUUUCACGCGAUGCAAAAAUCUCAUUUUAGCAAAGAAGCUCUUCAUAUAAUCGACGGUGAAUUAAAAUGUACUGGAGUUAUAAUCUCACAAAGAUUGUUUUAGUUUUAGGCCUCUACUUUAUUUUUUAUUUUUGAAUGAAUGUAAAAUGAAAUCUUGCCUGUGCAGCCCAGGUACGUAUUUUAACUGUCGUCCCAGCAGCCGGCUGUCGUCUGUCCCUCACACAGGUCAACACAGACAGCACACUGACCCAGGGGUCACGGGGUCACGGGGUCGCGUCAUGGAAGCCCGUUUGUCUUGUUCUUGGAGGGCGUGAGGUGCCCAGAGCGGCGCUCGCCACCAUCUUUUGUUUAUCCGCUUGAUGGUUCAGACGAACAGACUCUGAGUCUGACGUCCACCGAUCCAUCCGUGUUUUCACCUCCGUGGUUUGAUUCAUUUAACGCAGAUUACUUGUUUUAUUUAUUGGUCCUUUGCGGCCAGUCUCGGUCUCGCCCUCUUUUUCUUUUCUUUAUUUUGUAAUCACGACUUUGGCAGAAUGAUGAAAACAUUUUCCGACUGUUAUUCGUGACGUUUCACCCCCCGGUUCUCCCACACAGGCGUUUUCAUUUAUUUGUAGCUGAUAAGACGGCUUUUUUUCAGACGUGCGGGCAUCUACACACACACACACACACACACACACACACACACACACACUGCUUUAUUGACAUCGCCCUCGCUCUCCUUUUACUUUGGUUACACCUGGUAGGGUGGGACUAAAUCAGGCCUCGAUGGUUGAGCUGGACAUGGCCUAAAAAUCGAAAUCACGAUAAAUAUAAAGUCCAGCUCGAUAGAUAGACCCAUAAGCGCCCCCCCCCCCCCCCCCCAAACAAACACACACACCUUAAUUACAACCAACUUAGCAGAAACAUCUUCGUGUCGCAGCCGUUAGAAAUGCAAAUCGCGGAGCGAGCGGAGCUCUGUUCGCAGUCAGCGCUCCACACACUGCGGGUCGGACUCGUGGAAGCAGAGUCGGCCGCGGCGAGCCGCCGGAAGAACUCCCAACGCGCGACGCUCGUGGUCGCUCUCGGCUCGGAUCGGUCCGGGUGAUUAGAAUUUAAUGUAAAAUGCACUUUCCCCCCCCCCCCCCCCCGAGCUGCACCGGUCCCAUCGCUCCCGACUCGGACCCCGGAGAAACGGAAACUCUUAAGAGCACAAUGCGAAACCUCUCGCCCCGUCCCGAGAGAGCAGGCCUCCCGAAGGGUCAAUCGUUUGACCCCUCAAAGCCCGGUCCGGUCGGUACACACGAACUGAACUGGCGUUUGCGGUUCUGGACUCGUGGGUUCCUGCAGAUUCCCCCCUCGCCACCGUGGGAAGCGGUGAAUAUCUGAGCGGGCCUGCGGAGGUUUGCAAAGGGAGCCGUGUAGGAACCCCGAGCAGAGUCCGCCUUGCAGCCGCUUCACCCGCGAAACGCUCGUCAGGUUUGUACCUUGAGCGAGAGGAGCGACUCCCUCGGUCGCCCGCUUUCCAAGCCUCGGACUCGAUCGGGCGACAUCUCUACGGUGGCCUUAUUUCGUCUUAUUAAAACUCUGUAUUAACUGGUAGAAAUGUACAGCAAAUGCAUAUUUAUAAAAGAGUGAUUACUUACUGGAAAUCGUCCUCGUGUUCAUGAAAGAAGCAGUUUUUUUUCUUCUCAAACACUGGCAGCAUUAAUAUGUCGAAUCUAAAAUGCUUUAAAACACGAGUUCGAGCGUCGGAAUAAGGUCCUCGUAAAAGCGGGCGUCUUUGUAUAGUGGCAUUACAUACACUGAGGAAGUAGUUUGUUAAUAUGUAUAAUUUAGCAGUUGCUUUUUUGUGUGUAAAUAAUGAGAAAGUAUUGUGAAUGACGUCUGUUGAAUGGUUUUAAGAGAAAAUCAUUGAACGCGAACCUCUCCGGGCUUUUAUAAAUGUGACGGCAGUACGCGGCAUAUUUUGUAUGUGAGGCGGCAGUUUAAAGACGAACAAGCAUUACUAGAAGCUGAUGAAACUACAUGUACGACUCGAGGAUGAUAGUAAACUGAACUUGUAAUUACUGAUGUACAUAAAAGAAUGACAGAACAUUUUUGUCUAUGAUUAAAUGUAAAAAUCCA